UGGCCCAAAACAUUUGACAUUUGCGUCCGCAAAAUCAGCUGUCAAAUCGUCGCAACACUCCAGUCUUGUUAUGAAAUUGCUCCGUGCUUGGUCGUAGUUGUUGUGCGAAAGAAAAUCACCACCUACACCAUGCUGCGACAGGCAUCGUCGUUGAGGCGGCCAUUCGUCGUCAGCCGCCGCUGGCAUUCGUCGACACCGGCACCGAAAGUAAAUCCGGUCGUGCUCGCGAACAUCAAAGCAUCCGACCGGUACCGUCCGGGCAGCCGGUACCACGGGUUCGUCUGCACCCAGGCCCAGUACAUCGCGGACUUCAACAUGACGGCGUACAUGUUUCAGCACGAAAAGACGGGCCUGCAGUACCUGCACGUGGACCGGCAGGACACGAACAACGUGUUUUCGAUCAACUUCCGCACCACGCCGUUCGAUUCGACCGGGCUGCCCCACAUCCUCGAGCACAAUGUGCUGUGCGGGUCGCAGAAGUUUCCCGUGCGCGAUCCGUUCUUCAAGAUGCUGAACCGCAGCUUGGCCACCUUCAUGAACGCGAUGACCGGGCCCGACUACACGCUGUACCCGUUCAGCUCGACGAACGAGAUCGACUACCGGAAUCUGCAGGCGAUCUACAUGGAUGCGGCGUUCCGGCCGAACCUGAAGUAUCUCGACUUCCUGCAGGAAGGCUGGCGGUUGGAGCACGCGGAGCUGCAAAACCCCAAGUCCGAGUACGUGUUCAAGGGCGUCGUGUACAACGAGAUGAAGGGUGCAUUUUCGGAAAAUUCGGCCGUGUUUGGGCAGAAGUUCUUCAACAAGCUGCUGCCGGACCAUACGUACGGGUACGUGUCGGGGGGCGAUCCGCUGGACAUACCGUCGCUGAAGCAUCAGGAUCUGGUGGACUUCCACCGCAAGUACUACCAUCCGAGCAAUGCGCGCAUUUUCAGCUACGGUUGCUUCGAUCUGGACAAAACGAUGGCGUUCGUGGACGGGCAGUAUCUGCAGGAUUUCGAGCGCAUCGACACGCGCUACAGCGUGAUACCGCCGCAGAAGCGGUGGACGAGCGCGAAGAAGGACCACGUGCGCUGCCGGUACGACAACAUGGGCGCACCGCUCGAGAAGCAGAACCAGAUCGCGAUCGGGUACCUGAUGACGGACAUUACCGACGUGUACGAAACGUUCCUGAUGCACAUACUGACCGAGCUCCUGGUGAAGGGGCCCAACUCGUUCUUCUACAGGAACCUGAUCGAGCCGAACAUUUCCGGCGGCUACAACCAGCUGACCGGGUUCGAUUCGCACAUCCGCGAUACGAUGUUUGUGGUCGGGCUGCAGGAUCUGGCCGUGGAGGACUUUGACCGGGUGGCGCAAAUCUUCGACCGCACGGUGGAGGAAGUCAUCGCGAAGGGGUUCGAGCCGGCCCACAUCGAAAGCGUGCUGCACAGCAUCGAGCUGACGAUGAAGCACCAGACCAGCCGGUUCGGGCUGGGUCUGCUGUUCAACCUGACGCCGCUGUGGAACCACGACGGUGAUUUGAUACGCGCCAUGAACGUAAGCGAAUCCGUGGCCAAGCUGAGGGAAAACAUGGCCAACAAUCCGAAAUACCUGCAGAACAAGGUGGAGUACUACUUCCGCAACAACAAGCAUCGACUGACGAUGACGAUGUCGCCGGACGAAAACUACGAGAAGCAGUUUUUGGAAGCGGAACGCAAGAACCUGGAAGCGAAAGUAACGCAGUUGAACGAAUCGGACCGGGAACGUAUCUACCGGGAAGGGAUCGAACUGUCCGAAUCGCAGAAGGCGCAUCCCAACACGGACGUUCUGCCCUGUCUGAAGCUGAACGAGAUCGAGAAAAAGCUACCGGAAACCAACGUCGAGCAGCGGCUGGUAACGAACGUUCCGACGCAACUGUGCCGCGUAGACACGAACGGCGUCGUGUACUUCCGGGCCAUCCUGGACGUCAAUGGGUUAAGUACGGAGCAAAAGCUGCUUCUGCCACUGUUCAACACGAUCGUGACACAGUUCGGAACCAAGGGCAUUGAUUACCGGGCGUUUGAUCAGCUGAUCAGCUCCAAAACGUCGGGAAUUGGCUUCUCCACGCAUCUGGUGGAGAACGUGCACAACAUGCAGCAGUACGAGUUCGGGCUGUACCUCGGCACGUACGCGCUGGACAAGAACGUGCCGGACAUGUUCGACAUCUUUAGGCGCAUUUUCAACGAGCUCGAGCUGAACGACGUUAAGCGGUUUGAGAUGCUGCUGGAAAACUACCUGUCCGAGAUGUCGGUCGGUAUCGCCCAGUCCGGGCACAUGUACGCGAUGCAGAAUGCGAACGGUUUGGUAACGGAGGCGGGCCGGCUAAGGGAGCGACUGAUGGGCAUCGAGCAUCUCGCCUUCAUGAAGGAUCUGGCCCAGCGCCAUUCGGCAGAGGAAAUUCUGGACAAAUGCCGCUCGAUUGCGAAGCUGUUCGAGGAGUCGGGAAUGCGCUGCGCACUUAACUUUACGCCCACCUCGGAGCAGCAAACGGUGCAGCACUACGGCAAGUUCAUCGACAGCAUUCCCGUGCGCAGUACGCAGGCGAGGGUUUGGAACGUUUCGGAGCCGCUGGCGACGACGCCGGCGGGUGCCUGCCGCCACACGGUCAUGAACAUUCCCGUCAACUACUGCGCCAAGUCGAUCGUGGCCGUCCCGUACACCCAUCGCCACUAUGCGCCGCUGAAGGUGCUCGCGAAGUACCUGUCAGCCAAGUAUCUGCUGCCGGUGGUGCGCGAACAGAACGGCGCGUACGGUGCGGGUGCGAAGAUCACGUCGGACGGGCUGUUCAACUUCUACAGCUACCGCGAUCCGAACUCGCGCACCACGCUGGACGUGUUCGAUGAGGCGUACGGGUGGAACGUGCGCACCGUGCCUCAGAUGGACGAGCAGACGCUGUUCGAGGCGAAGCUGGGCGUGCUGCAGCAGCUGGACGUGCCGAUUGCGCCGCUCGACCGGGGCAUGGAUCUGUUCCGGCAGGGCAUUUCGGACGAGCUGUUCGGGCAGCACCGUGCGGCCGUGCUGGACGUCGGCAAGGACCUGCUGCUGGAGGUCAACGAGCACUAUCUGAAGCCGGGCGCGGUGAAGGUGGUUGGGAAGUCGGUGCUCGGACCGGAAAACAAGCAGCUCUCGAAGGACGGUGAAAACUGGACGACUUUUGCGUUGCAAUAAGGAGGAAGUGCUGCUGUGGUCUAAUAAAAAUGAUGUUCUACUUAGUUGUUUGAAA